GAGCUGCCUGAUUGGCCGUGAGCAGCCGUGAUGUCACGGCCCGAUUGGAUGUCCCGGCUGGUGCAGCAGCUCGCGCAGGCUGAGGGCGAGAGAGGAGCUCCAGAUGGAGUUGGCGCGCGACGGGGCUAGAGCCGUGGCCCGUGAGACGGACCGGACCGGCUGCCUUGCACUGCGUUGAUGAGCCCGACCUGGUCCCGCACACAGCGCAGCAGCCCGUCAUGGGGGACGGUGGCGCGCCCUCGCCGCUGAACUUCCAGAAUGGCACGGGGAGCGAGGCGUCGGACGCGCCGGGUUCCCCCGCGGCCACCUCCGACCAGUGGAUGGCGGGGAUGAGCCUGGUGAUGGGCUUGAUCGUCCUGUCCAUCGUGUUCGGGAAUAUCCUGGUCAUCGUGGCCAUAGCCAGGACGCAGCGGCUGCAGACGCUCACCAACGUGUUCAUCGUGUCGCUGGCGAGCGCGGACCUCAUCAUGGGGUUGCUGGUGGUGCCGUUCGGCGCCGCACUCGAGGUACGCGGCUCGUGGCUCUACGGCUCCUUCUUCUGCGAGUUUUGGAUCUCCGUGGACGUCCUCUGCGUCACCGCCAGCAUCGAGACCCUGUGCGUUAUCGCCAUAGACCGGUACGUGGCCAUCACCUCGCCCUUCCGCUACCAAAGCUUGCUGACCAAGGCUCGGGCUAAAGCUGUGGUGUGCAUAGUCUGGGCCAUCUCCGCGCUGGUCUCCUUCCUGCCCAUCCUGAUGCACUGGUCCCGGGACAGUGUGGACACAGCCUGCUACGAGGACCCGGAAUGCUGCGACUUUGUCACCAACAGGGCAUAUGCCAUCUCCUCAUCCAUCAUAUCUUUUUACAUUCCUCUGCUGGUCAUGAUAUUUGUUUACGCCCGCGUGUACAGGGAGGCGAAGAAGCAGCUGAGGAAGAUCGACAAGUGCGAGGGCAGGUUUCACAACACCUUGACCGGACUGACCUCCAAGUGCAAGAAGAGGCCGUCUAAAAUCCUGGCGCUCAGGGAGCAGAAGGCGCUCAAGACUCUCGGCAUCAUCAUGGGGACGUUCACCCUGUGCUGGCUGCCCUUCUUCAUAGUCAACGUCGUGCGGGUGUUCUGCGCGGAGGUGGUGGACAAGGACCUUUUCGUGUUCCUCAACUGGCUCGGGUACGUGAACUCGGCGUUUAACCCCGUCAUUUACUGCCGGAGCCCAGACUUUCGGAAGGCGUUCAAGAGGCUGCUGUGCUGCCCGAGGCAGGCCGACCGCAGGCUGCACAUCAGCUCUUGCGACCUGUCCCGGUGCUCCGGCGGGUUCGUGUCCUCUCUGGAGCUGGGCACGCUGGGGAUGUGGUCAGACUGCGCCGGCUUGGACAACAGCGACAGCAGCCUGGUGGGGCCCGCAAAGCUGUCUCACUCCGAGUCGCAGCUCUGAGGGGAAAACGGUCAACUGUUGCUGAGGUGGAUUACAACGGCCUGGAGAAGGACGGGUGGCCUACAACAACCGGAGCGGACUCCUUUGGCUUGCGCCUCUAUUGAGGGAAGGUUUGCUCAAGAGCUGUACCUUAGAGCCUAAGUUGGUCGAUUUUAUUUCUUUUUUUUUUUUCUCAUCAGAGAAAGAAAACAGGCGAAGUCACCAGAAACGUAUCUGGAAGCCAUACUUACCUUUUUAAAAAGAGGCAUCAGGACCAAUCAUCUUUCCGGGAUGCGCAAGUCCCUCCGAGACAGUUUCCAGUUUGCCAAGUAUAACAUCGACCCCUAAAAAUAAAAUCUAGUUAGAUGGAUCUGAUGUAUCAUAAUGGUUUUCAUGCCCUUUGCCAUAAAGCAGGUUUCGGUGAAGUGACACCUCUGUCAAAGAGCGCACGAUGCCGCUCCCGUGUCUCGUUCCCGAUGCUUUUUCCUCUGUGUCUGAUGUUUAUUGGAUCAGCGGGCCGGUUACGCGCCGAGGGGAGGAGAAUCCGCCAAGGGCAGGCGGCUGUCGUUGUACGUUGACCCCCCCCCCCCGGGUGUCGCGGCGGGUCAGAGGUUAUUCUUUCAAAGCGGCCGCCGUGGUGGACGCGGCGCGCAGGAGCGAUGGCAUCUUGCGUCGGCGGGCUGACCGCACUGUCGUCGUAGGGUGCCCGCAGGGUGUUUUUACCUCACGGCCAAUCGGCAAGUGCAAUUUCUGCGACAGGUAUUUGUUUAUAUUAAACAUUAACGUGAAAACGGACACGCAUUUAUUCCGGCGCUGUCUUUUUACGACUACGCGAGUAUGCGCGGGGGCCGAGUCCCGCGCCAUUUGUGCACAUCGUAGUAUGCGGUGAUCGGCGCUGAAGUGAGGAAUUGGAGCCUGAUCCCUCGCGCCCCCCAUUCAAGCUUCGGACGCUGUGGCGAGGCGGUGUGUCGACUCCCGCGAAAUAAAAGGACGCUUCGUCGCCAAAAUUGCUGUUUGGGCUUGAUUUGGAAUUUCAUCCUAUUAAUGAGUUCAAGUUUACCGACAUAGAAAUGUAGGUUCUCGAACCCACAUCCGAGCGAGGGUGAUCACGAAAAAGGCUCGAGGAGGAACCCCCCCCCACACAGACACACACACACACACACACACACACACACGCUUCAUUCACAAUUCAGCUGCGAGGAGGCAAAAUAACAUUUGUGUCGAGGCAGCGGGGGACACGUAGAGGUAAAAAAAAACUUGGUUCGGCAGGACUGGCGCGAACGCGGCGGGACGCUCGACCCUGCCGCGGCUGGCGGGGGAGCUGCCCGAGAGCAACUGGAAAUCCGAAAUGGCCUCUGCGGAGAGACGAGCCGCGAGGAAGCGGGAUUUUAAUACACGUUCAUGCACAGUGGAUUCGUGAGGUUUCGUGUUCAGUGUUUACAUGGGUUUUUUUUUUUUUUUUUUUUUUUUUUGGUCGUGCAAUCAUUCAAGGCAGAAGUUCGCCAAUACGGCACAUCUGCAACAUUUGAAGCACUGUGCACAUGCACCGGAGCGCACGUGGUACACUGAACUGCAUUGUGGUCGGGUUUUGAUAUAGGUUUCCCGGAAAAUCAGUAUUUCUCUUAAUUAAGAUGUUAAAGCAUUGUAAGUGCUUCUCGUUCAAAUUAAAUUGCACUACUAGAUGAAUGCAUUUGUUGUAUGUCAGUAUUUUAAGUGCAUUUUGCCCAAAUGUGUCUUGACAGAUUUUUUUUUUUUUUUAAGUUGUAUUGCACAAAUAGACAAAGUUGCAUGUCAUUGUGGUUUUCACACUGCAGAACAAUGUACUAUUUUAAAACUAAAGGGAUACUCCAGCUAUAUUGGGGGAACUCAUAAGAGACAGAUUCAAAAAACAAAACAACAAAAACGGUCAAAAUCGAACCAGCAGAUAUCUUGACUUUUAGUCCCGGGCAUGGGUCAAGCUCAAAAAACACUGGAUCCCACACUUCCCGCAAUGCAACUGGAUAGCACCCUUCACUGCCCCCUGGAUGCCCACGUCUUUCGAGAAACCCCACAUCUCCAGUUUUGUAAGGCAGGCUCUCUGUUUAAAACUUGAAGUCCCAGGUCCGAGCUGAGACAACCCGGGUGACGUCACAGUGGCGUCGCCCGGGGUUGUCUCAGCUCGGACCUGAGAUGACUUCUCUCAGCCCUUUAGAAAGCUGCACAGGAGACAAUAUUACAACUGUUCCUACAAGCUGAGUAGCACUCGUCAGGUGGAGUAAACUGAACAUCAUUUGUCAAAGCGGUGGAGUGUCCCUUUGAGUCUUCUUUUAAGUUAAAUAGUACUGUAGGUUUCACUGGAACAUUUCUCA